AACGGACGCAAAAUGCUGAAUAGAGCGACUGUUUCCUAAAGCGGAGUUUCGUAACUACUCAAAUUCCCGGUGUAGACACGCAUGCAUGGAGUUAACGGAAGUUUAGUUUCUGUUCCUCCCAACAACAAAAAAACAUAGGGUACAUCAGAUAGACUAUAGUCUCACUCUACCACAACAGUAACCAACUACUCAUCUGACUGGAUGGCUGGGGUUCGGAGCAUUUUCUCGGGUCUGGUACUCCUGUUCUCUGCCAUAGCGCAGGCUGAAUGCAGAGACAGAGUUUACUAUAUCGGGAUUGUAGAGAGAAACUGGGAUUACGCACCAAGUGGCAAAAAUCUUAUCAAUGGAAAAAGCAUCGCAGAUGAUGAACAUGCAUCUGUGUUCCUGGAGAAAGGGCCCCAUCGUAUUGGCCGUGUGUAUAAAAAGGCUCUGUACCGGCAGUACACAAAUGCGUCGUACAGCCAAGAGACCCCCAGACCGGCUUGGCUGGGUUUCCUAGGACCCAUUCUGAGGGCAGAGGUUGGUGACGUCAUAGUGGUGCACCUGAAGAAUUUUGCAUCCAGGAACUAUUCCAUACACCCCCACGGAGUCUUCUACGAGAAGGACUCAGAGGGGGCGCUGUACCCAGACGGGACCUCCGGCAAGCUAAAGCAUGAUGACCACGUGCCACCAGGCAGCAAUUACACCUACCGCUGGGAGGUGAGGCCAGAAUAUGCCCCUACGGAGGGGGACGCCAACUGCCUAACCUGGGUCUACCACUCCCACUUGGAGGCUCCCAGGGAGGUCUCCUCUGGACUCAUAGGCGGACUGUUCACCUGCAAGAAAGGAAUCCUGAGGGACAGUCCUGUAUCUGGAGCUGCCCAGGCCAGGCCAGAACCAGAGCGCAUAGAUGUGGACCAGUUCCUGUUCCUGAUGUUCACAGUGACGGAUGAGUCCAUGAGCUGGUACCAGGAGGAGAACAUCCGUACCUUCUGCUCUGAUCCAGAUGGAGUUGACCGGGAAGACCCAGACUUCAAGGAGUCCAACUUGAUGCAUGCUAUCAACGGGUACAUGUACGGUAACCUGCCCGGCAUUGAGCUGUGCCAGUUCCGUCGUGUGGCCGUGCACCUGUUUGGCAUGGGGAACGAGGUGGACAUUCACACCGCCUACUUCCAGGGCAGCACGCUUUUGGACCGCGGUCACCGCGGCGACACCGUCAGCCUGUUCCCAGCCACCUUUGUCACCACUGAGAUGGUCCCCAUGACGACGGGGAAGUGGUUGCUGAGCUGCCAAGUCAACGACCACCUGCAGGCUGGGAUGCAGGCCUUCUAUCAGGUAUCGUCCUGUGGAAUGGGAGACAGGCCCCCAGGGGCUCCUCCCGGUGGCCAAGUGCGGAAAUACUACCUGGCAGCCGAGCAGGUCAGGUGGGACUACGCUCCUUCAGGAAUGGACAAGAUAAACAACAUAUCACUCACAGAGGGUGAAAGUCCGUCUGAAGUGUUUUUAGGCAGGACAGAAGGCAGGCUUGGGGGCAGGUACCAGAAGGUGGUGUACCGGGCCUACACAGACGCCACGUUCUCCACCAGGACGCCGGUGACGCCGGAGUCCCUUCAUCACGGCCUGUUAGGGCCUGUGUUGAGGGCUGAGGUCGGGGACACCCUCCAGGUGACGUUCAUGAACAAGGCAGACAGGAACUACAGUAUCCAGCCUCACGGCCUGCAGUUUGAGAAACGCUUCCAGGGCACCAGCUACCAGGAUGGAGCUGAGAAACCCGGCUCCCAAGUCCCCCCAGGCCAGACCUUCACCUAUAGCUGGCAGGUGUUGGAGGGUCCCUCGCCCUCAGACCCCCCCUGCAUCCCCUACCUGUACUACUCUGCCUGUGACCCCAUCCAGGACACCAACUCUGGCCUGGUAGGACCCCUGCUGGUGUGCAAGAAAGGAACUCUGGGAGGUUCAGGCAUACAGAGAGGAGUAGAUAAGGAGAUGUUCCUGCUGUUUUCCAUUAUGGAUGAGAACCUGAGCUGGUAUCUCCAAGCGAACAUUGAUACUUACGGAACUAAUGAGUCCAACCCAGAGGACGAUAACUUUCUGGAAAGCAACAAGAUGCAUGCAGUGAAUGGGUUUGUGUACGGGAACCUUCCUGGCCUGGAGCUAUGCUCCGGGGACAGGAUUGUGUGGUACACCUUUGGUCUGGGAACCGAGACAGACAUCCAUGGGAUUUACUUCCAGGGCAACACCUUCCAAAGGCAGGGCACAACCCGGGACACACUCAAACUGUUCCCUCACACUACGGCUACUGUGACUAUGAAUGCAAGGAGAGCUGGUGUGUAUGAGGUGAACUGCAGGGUGAUGGAUCAUUACAUGGCUGGCAUGAGACAGCAGUACUCUGUGGCGCAGUGCCCUGGGAGGAACUUCACACAGACCCUGGCAAACACACGUCCCUUGGCCGUGGUCCAGUUCUUCAUCAGCGCCGAGGAGGUGGAGUGGGACUACUCACCUUCCCGUUCCUGGGAGCUGGAGAAACACCAAGCCACCCUGGACAACAGUCCAGGAAACAUGUUUGUCGGCAAAGGUGAGCGGCAGAUAGGCUCUCGCUAUAAGAAAGCGGUUUACAGAGAGUACACUGAUGCCACCUUCAGGACGCAGAGGAAACGACAGGCAGACCAGCAACACUUGGGAAUCAUAGGCCCCAUUAUCAGGGCAGAAGUUGGGGAGCAGAUUCUAAUCACCUUCAGGAACAAUGCCAGUCGGCCCUACUCUAUCUAUGCCCAUGGUAUUGAGACCAGCGACACGCGCACUCCUGUUGAACCAGGCUUUAUGACAGAGUUCCGGUGGGAUGUCCCUGAGGGGUCCGGCCCAGGGCUCUCUGACCCCAACUGCAUCUCUUACGUCUACUACUCCCCUGUGGAUUUCAUCAAGGACCUGUACAGUGGUCUGCUGGGGCCCUUGGUGGUGUGCAGAAAGGGGACUCUGAGUGGGCUGGGGGCCGGGGGAGGAGGAGGGGACAGGCGGAGGACGGAUGCCCAGCGGGAAUUCGCUCUGCUCUUCCUGGUGUUCAACGAGAACCAGUCGUGGUACCUGAAGGACAACAUCAGGACCUACCUCAACACCAACCCUGACAACUUCACCUCGGACGACAGCUUUGUGGAGAGCAAUAUGAUGCAUGGUAUAAACGGUCAAGUGUACGGUAACCUGAAAGGCUUGGCCAUGACCAGGGGGGAGUUGGUAGACUGGUACCUUCUGGGCAUGGGGAAUGAGAUGGACAUUCAUACGGUUCACUUCCACGCCGAGACCUUCACAUACAAGACGGACCACGUCCACCGUGCAGACGUGUUUGACCUGUUCCCAGGAACGUUCCAGACCAUCGAGAUGGUAGCCGGUAACCCUGGAACGUGGCUGCUACACUGUCACGUUUCAAAUCAUAUCCACGCUGGCAUGGAGACCACCUUUACUAUCAGAGCAAACUCCUCUCAAGGGUGCUUUAGUUCCAUAGCUACGUUGCUUUUGUGCCUAGCACUGGGACUGGUUGGGACUGUGUUGUACUAGCCACUUGGAACUUUAGUGUUUGUCUGUGUGUUGAAAUUAGCACUGUACAAGGGUGACAACUUUGAAUGUACAGUGCCUAUAGCAUCUCUAACCCCAUUUUCAAAAAGUUUCAUUGCCUGAAAUAAAAGUUGUUAUUAUUAUUAGUAUUACUACAAUAGAAGUAGUAGCACAAGUUAAGUCAUUAAAAAGAUCCAAUUUUAA